GUCAACAAAAUAAACAAUUUGGAAUGUUGGGUUAGAGGAAAGAUAAGGGCUAUCGCCGCAAUUCAGAGACGUGUCGAAAAUAUUAUUGCUGCGAUAUCCGAGUCGCACGAGCACGAUACUGUCUGAGAAGAGCAUAGUUAAUGCGGUAAUGUCGGCGAUUUUAAAUUUAAAACAUCGAGUUGAUGCAAAAUUAAGGGAGGACAGAAUGUUCUAAAAAUAUUAUAUACAACUAGAAUGGACCAACAAUGCAUUCAUGUAACGGAAAAUGAAGAUCAUUUCAUGUUAGAUGAUGAAAAUGUAAUGAAGCAUAGGUGCUCAAAAUGCGUGUCUCAUAAGCAGAUGUGGAUACAUGGUAAUGGCAAUGGAAAUGUAUCAACAAAAAGUACUGCAAGAUAUUGUAGCCUAACAAAUGAAGCAAUCAAAGAUGAUCAAUCAGAAAUUUCAGAAGAUUCCCCGCUGCUUAUUAACAUAAAUGAGGGCAUGCAAGAACAUGAGGAUUCUUAUUUUCAUUGCCAUGAUUCAUUGAGCACAUCAUAUGACGAUCCUAAAGCAUGGAGAAAACUGGUUGCUGCAUCAGCUUUUUGCUUUUUAUUUAUGAUUACCGAAUUAAUUGGAGGAUAUUUCGCUCAGAGUUUAGCGGUUAUGACAGAUGCAGCACAUCUAUUUUCAGAUUUCAUUGGAUUUCUUAUUUCUAUAUUGGCCAUUUCUAUGGGGAAAAAGUCUCGAACCCCACACAUGACUUUUGGAUAUCACAGGGCUGAAGUAGUAGGUGCUUUUCUGAGUACUAUGACAAUAUGGCUGCUGGCUGCAGUUUUUCUUGUAUUAGCCCUUAGAAGGCUUUACAAGGAAGAAUAUGAUAUUCAAGCAGAUACCAUGAUUUUAGUUGCAACUCUGGGGCUAAUUGUAAAUAUGGUCAUGGGAGCGAUUCUCCAUGGAAUGUGUCACGGGCACAGUCAUGGCACAAUUUCCUCUGUAGUUCCGCAGAGUUCAGGAAACAUUAAUAUUAGGGCUGCAGCAGCUCACGUGUUGGGUGACCUGUUGCAAAGUGUAGGCGUGCUGCUAGCCGCUGCAAUAAUAAAAAUAUUUCCUCAGGCUCAAGCCGCAGAUCCAAUAUGCACAUUAAUAUUUUCUGUGAUAGUAAUAUUUACAACGGCCAAAGUAGGUAAGGAUUCUAUAUGGAUUCUUAUGGAGGGUAGUCCGAUUAAUCGUGAUCGAAUUUUAUUGGAACUAAAGAAAUUACCAAACGUUAAACACGUCCAUGACUUGUACAUAUGGUCAUUGGCGCCUGGACGGAACAUCGUUUCUGUCCAUUUAGCUGUCGAUAGUCACUGUGAUAAAAGUUUAAUAACAGAACAAGCAACAAUGUCAAUAAAAAGCCAGAUACCCAUAUUUAACUGCACCAUCCAAGUGGAAAUGUACAAUCCGGUAACAAUAAAUAGUUGUGGCCUAUGUCGAGUCUAAAACCGUUUUUCCUUAAAUAAAAGUGCGUUAAUGAUCUCAAGUCAAUGAAUUUAAUUUUGAUGAGGUUAAUUUACAACCUUGCUCUUUUAUUAUUACUACUUGAAAUAUAACAUUACAUUGAAGCUCCCUAGGUAACCAAAAAUGAUGUUAAAAUAUAUUGCAAGUAUUUUUUAAUUUCCUACUUUAUUAAUUCCAUUUUUCACUGUACUUAUUUAUUCCUUUACUUGUUUCCUUAAGAAAGGGCUGAUAAUAUUUUUUCGCCCUUUAGAAAAUUGAGAGUUCGUUGUUAUUGGUUUUUUUCUACGCGCGCUUUCAUACAUGUUAAAUAGUAUUUGUAUACAGGGUUUCCAGAAUAAGUGUUAUUAAAACGAAACGGACAAUAUAGUUAUAUAGAUUGUAGCUUUAUUGAUAUUAUAUGAUGCAUCAGUAUUUUAUAAUUUAUAGAAAAAAAAACAUAGAAAUAACCUAUUUGUUGAUAUAAUUAAAUCACUCUUCUGAAA